AUGGAAGACGGCAUGGACUCUGAGAACCGUGUCGCGGGAAAUCCAGACAAUAAUGACGACGAUCCUGACCACCGCGGCGGAAGCGCGACAAACAUGCGCUGCAUUAAGGUUGAGAUUGGCCGCUGCCUGUGCCGCGCCGCAGUCGACCCUGUCGUCGCAGACGAGGUCAUUUCCCCCACGAGGAAGCCUCGAGUGGCACUUCGAAUGAACUUCGAGCUGUUUCUUCCCAAAACAGCAUGCGCAGCAAGAUCCUUGGGCACAUCGCCAGCCGCGCCUGUAGAUAUCAUUGUUGUCGCCACUAUGAUUCGUGAGUCGCAGAGGGUUCCAUUGUCGGCUACUAUGGUUCCUAUUACCCACAGACAGGACCGGCGGGUGCAGACCUGGAUUCGUGAACCCUUCCUGUUGGCCUUGAUGCCGCAACAGUCGGAUAUCGAGCGUAUUGGGAUGCGUCUGCUCAUAUGGGUGUUCUACACUGGCGUGUUUGGGUCUCCAUUGUUGUAUUUCUGA